AUGUGUGCAAUGUAUCAGGAUAUACCAAAGAAAACUGUGUUUAAAGUUGAAGGGAAAUUAUGUGCUGCAUAUAAAGUUCUUGAAGAAGUAUCAUGUCCUAACGGUGACACAGCAGGUAUUAUAAAGGAUGGACAGACGUGCUCAGAAAUUGUAGCAGACGACAAUGCUGAAUGCUAUGAUACAAGUUUCGAGGCAACAUGUUGUGCGUCCUGCAAUGCGGUAGCUACAAGUAAUCAAAAUUGUGUAUACGGUGACAAAGCUUCGUGCUUUACGUUUCUGUGCCCAAGUUACACGGACCUGAGUACUUGCUGUGACACGUGUGCUUCGUUUAUUUCUACGUCACCAACAACAGCGUCGACGUCAACGUCAUCAACUUCUGUGUCGACGUCAACGUCAUCAACGUCUUCGUCGACGUCCUCAACUUCAGCGUCGUCAUCUUCAACGUCAAAUUCAGCAUCGUCGACUUUAACGGCAACCAUAUCCACCGCCUCGUCAACAUCUUCUACGUCAGGAAAUACAGACGGUUCUUCGACAAACGGUGGAGUGAUUGCCGGGGCUGUGAUUGGGAGUAUUGUGGGCGUGUCUUUUCUGACUUGCGGGGCAUACAUUGCCAUUAAAAUACUCAAAAAGAAAGAUAAUCAAGUAGCAGACGACUCAAGUUCAGGAAUCCCGGAAAAAGUCGACAGGAAUUCCGGAUACACUCCGGAGAAAUUGGACAUUUGCACCAUACUCCAAGAGAAACUAGACACAAACUCCGAUCUUCCAGGGAAAGCACUUCCCGUUGCAACAGCCGACUCGAUCAAAACUCAUGAAAAUGGAUACUUAAACACAGAUGGAAUUAGUCAAUCAAACAAAUGUAAUAAAAUUGAAACGCGUAGAAACAAUACAGAUGACACAGAUAACGUAGAUCAUGAUGAUGAAACAUCAUCUGAUUUAUCGAAGCCAAAUCCUGAAUUCCACGGUAUAAAAUCACAAAUGAAUGAGACAGACCGCCAAGACGCCGUAGAUCGUGUUACUAAUUGGAGUGACGUAGACGCUCGAAGACAGAGCUUGCCUCCCAUACGCGAGACAGCUGUUGAUGCGCCACCUAUACACGCACCACUACCACCUAUCUCUGCUCCGAAAAACACCCCUAAUAUUGACUCUUAUAAUACAGAAACCGAAACAAAGGUAACAGAUAAUACAGAGAAUGAAGAUAACGAAUUAAAAACAGAUCCUGACAAUUUCAUUAGUAACAGCAAAAAUAACAACGCUGAUGCUUCUGCACGGUCUAGCUUUAUUUUUCCAAAUUACUAGUACACGUAACUGAACUGGCAUUGUUAAAAAGUGGCUUCGUUUCGUAUAUUUGCAGACUG